GAAGUUAACAGAGUUGAAUAUGUUAAAUGGCUCAUGUCUUCUGCUCUGCUGACAGGAGCACUAUUGGCAGGAACACCUGCAAGCCGGCUGCCAAUAAUCAGAACAAAAAGUGUUUUCUUCUUCCUCUUUUUCGUAGAAUUGUAAAAUCAAAGCAAAGUCAGAAGGAAGGAGGGAAAAUGAAAUACAUUCAAGAAGUCAAAUUCGAGGCGAAUUGAAAAUUGAAAUAACUAUCGUCUGCCUUAGUGAGAGCGUUUGGUGAAGACAGUAUUGCCGGUGGCAGCCACUGACAAGAAGUUGCCGGUCGUUGGUGAAUCUCAAGAGUUGUGAUCGUUCUAAAACCUGUAGCCGUCGCGUGUGAGGAUCUUGAAGCAGCCGGGAGUGCGUUUUGUCAUGCAGUCAUGCAAUCCGACCGGGCACCUUGUAAUGCCACUGGGCAGGUCGAGUUCUCAGCAGCUGUCACACAUUGUUUGCGAGAUCAGCGAGACGAAGCUACCCCCUUGCUGGGUGGCAUUUUAUCAGAUUCAAAACUAGCUUGGCUUUCGAAAGGUCCUCAGUUUGAAGUAGUGCAGGUCUCUGAUGGGGCCAAAAUUGCUGCCUGGACGUUUGGCGCAGUUGUGAGAGAUUUCAAGACCAAGGUAACAUGUGUCGCAGAGCUACCUCAUUUGAAGCCCUCGGGGCAAUCGGGCCCUAUAGAUCAGAUAGUAGUUGGCUCGGAAUGCGAAUUGACGGGUGGCAUGUUGUGCCUGUUCAGCUUGGCAGGCUCUCGUAUAUUGAGAGCCAUAAAUAUCCCCUCAAAAGUAACUGCAUUGACCAUUGUGAGUUUGGGUGGCAAAGCCACUGGUCCGCUCCAUCAGUGUUUCAGUACAAUGAGUGGGAUCGCUGCUGUCGGCACCAACGAUGGGCAAGUUCUCCUCAUUGAUUUAAGAAGAAAUGAAUGUGAUGAAGCUUUGAAGUAUGGCCAUUUGACUCAUUGGGAAGGAAUACGGGAUGAACUGCAGCCUUGUGGAUUGCUAUCUUUGAAAACUGUUGAUGCCAAUCUUUUGGAAGAAUACCCUCAUGACCAUCUGUAUCUCCAUCUUAAUGAAAAACAUUUUUUGAAACAUCAAAGAUUAGUUGUGCAAUUUCGAGAUUGUGAUGCUUUUAUGCCUGAUGACCCAACAAUUACGUCUCUUCUCCAUGUUCCUCAGCUUGCUAGUUUGUGUGUGGGAUUUGCGUUUGGAUCGUUUCAGAUAUGGUCUCUUGAGUCACUGUCCCUUGUCUAUACCCUUCCAUUGAAUGAACCAAAUCCUGUUGUGCAACUUUCUUUCCAAGAGGCUUGUGAUGAUCCCAAUGCCUAUUGCUAUCUGUGGGCUGUCAGAGGUGGUCUCAGUCGUAGUGAUCCAGUAGGUGACUUGGACCACCCAGUGCCAGUGUUUGGGCCUCCAGCAGCAACCAUGUUCUCACUGUGCUAUGAUGAAAAAGUUUGGAUACAGGAUUAUGGACACCUUUACAAGCGAUUUAUGAUUUGCUCUACCGGCUUUGAGCUAGACCUGUGUGUUGGAAAUGAAACUGUAGGUGGCCGUCUCAUUUCUUUGUACUCUGCAAGCAGGGGAAUGGUAGGGUCAAGUGCUGUGCAAUCCCCACCAGAAGACAGCAGCUCUAUGGGACCUUCCAGCAAUGCUAUCAGUUUGUGUCUGAUAGUCUGGGAAACCUGGGGGCCUACUGGCCCCUCCAGCUCUGUUAAUCCUGUAAAUACUCACAUGACACUUUUUGAUAUUAACCAAUGGUAUGUUGAUCAAAUGCCAUCAUCCUUACCUCAACGUGGAGGUCCCUCUAGACACAAAUCUGUAGCUAGUUACCUAGUGUCUUAUGAUCUUGGAAGUGCUGUGAGUGCUAGUGGUGGCCUGUUGCUGGAUGUCCGAGUGAAUCCUAACUCACUAGUCCAAUUUUCUUCUGUUCAAAACGUUGAGGAGUUUACUCGACCGUCCUCACUGUCAUUCUUAUCUGAGGUGCUUAUGGAGCGCCAAGUUGUGCAUGUGAGACAUGAAGGUGUCCAGAGAGCACUUUUGUCCAAUCUGGUUUCAAGUGGACCUGGAGCUCUCAUGACUCCCUCUAACUUAUUUCAUGAGUGCUUAGCUUUAGGCUUGCGUCCUCUUCUCAUGGAUGUCAGCAGAGCUAUCAAUGUCCCUGUCGACGAACAGCGUACUUUUGUUCUUUGUGUGGCAUUGGAACAACGUUUAGGGCGCUUUGUCUGUCGCUGUGCUCGUGAAUGGGCUGAUGGUCGUUUGUCUGCUGCUGGGUGCACAAUGAGUUGGUUACUUUCUGUGGCAUGGAACCGUGCUGCAGUUUUGAAACAACUAGCCAUCCGAAUCUGUGCACAGUUAUUUGAUCAUUCAGGAGAAAAGCUCGAGAACAGUGCCCAAAGGCAAUUGCAACAUAUAGUUGGAGUGUUUCACUUGUUGGAGACCCUGUUUGAAAAUGUGGUACAGAACAAAUGGCACUUAGCUUUAAAUGAGUGGCCCCAAGUGAACUUGCAAAAUGAUGCAUUAAAACUUGAGUGCCAGUAUUAUGAUGUACUUCAGUGGCUGGUUGAUGUGGAGCUCUUGCCUGAGGGUCUGAACCCAGCAGUUCCUUAUCCAGCUCACAUGAUUGCUUCAUUUUAUCAUUCCAGGCGCUUGGAACUGAAUCAGUUGCUCCAGCAGCAAAAAGACAAUGAAGCUUUAGAAAAUCUAGAAGAUUUGCUUUUAAUUGAUGGUCUUAUUAGAAAACAACCAGGAGGUGUGAAUGUGUUUUCAGAGUGGGAAAGGGAUGCUGGUACAAGUGCAAGUCCUGGGAGUGGGCGGUACCCGCCAGUUUCAAUACAGGCCCUUCUCCGAACAUUCCUCAUCAAGGAUGUGGCUCUAGAAGUCAAACACAGCAUUGUGAUUUAUGUUCUGAUGGAUUUAGCCAAUAUUCUGGACAAUGAACAAUAUCAGACAACCCUCCAGAAUUUUAUGAAGUUUCCUGCUGCUUUCUCUAUGUCUAUUGGUAACAUGAGACUGAUACAAGCUUUUUGGCACCUUGACCACAAGGCCUUUGAUACUGCUCUAGACAUGUUGUUGGAUCCUUUGGUGUCUGUACGAGACAUUGUGCCCUGGCAGCACAGGUGCAUUAUUCGUUCACUCACCUUGCAAGGUCAAGCCAACAUGGCACUUCGAUAUGUUCGAGCAAGACGUCCUCCCCUUCAAGAGCCUUCUGACAUAAAGCUACAUCUUAACUUGUUGUUAGCUAAUGACCUUAUUGAUGAAGCAUUCAUGUACCAACGAAAUCAUCGCACUGAUGCCAAUUUUGAAAGUCUCCUAUCCCAGUUCUUCCAAGGUUGUGAGGAGCGCAACCAUCUUCGAACAGUCUUACAGUUUUCUCUCGAUGAUGAAGAAGAGGUUACUUUCUCUCGGUACUUAGAAACCUCAAGGCAUCCAGCUGCAGAUGAUUUGCGUGUGCUGUACUUGCUUAAAAGAUCAAGGUAUGUGGAAGCUCUUGAUGUGAAUCAGGACCUGAGGAAGAAAGGUCGGUCUGGAGGAACAAGGGAUGUUGUGGUCAACGGAUUCUACAAAACUCUGCCAUCUGUUACCAGAAAGCUUGCUGUCCAUUGUGCACAGCAACAGACCAAAUUAAAGUCAUGGUCACAAGUGGAAAAACCAACUCCCCUAUUUGUUAAUCUGAAGGCUGCUUCUCCUCAAAUGCGUUAUAAAUCAUCUUUACUUGAAGCGGCUGUUGAAAAGAGUCGUGAAACAUGGGCAAAACUAAUUAGCAAUGUGCCUCCAAUGAUGUCUGAAGUCGAAUCUACCCCAUUUUUGUGUACACCUCGCACUAAAUUACCAAUUCGCUCAAGGCCGGCAUCUGCUUUAAUGGAGUCCAAAGAGCAAUCCAAAGUUGGGGAUCGGAAAAGAUUCCGUGAUGAAGACGAAGAAACCAUGGAUGGCUCCUUCCGCAAGCGUAGUAGAUUCCAGAACCUGGAAUCAGCUCUUGCCGAACUUCAGCAUCAGGAGAGACAGAAAACCUAUGAACCAAGGUACUCAUGUGCUGACACUUUGGUGCUCCUGAACACCCCUGUUGUUCAGCGUCGCUCCCCAAGUUCCAGAGCAAAACUGCAACAGCAAAUGAUUGCUUCUAGUCCUGGGCACUCAACUGUCACCCCUCAAUCGAUCAUAAAGGUGCGGCAGACGUCCGCAUCGAGGUCGGAGUCUCCGAAGCGUCGGGCCGUAAUUAGUGCCACCUCCAACGACCCGGAGCUUACUGAAGAGGACAGUGAAUCAGAGCCCUUUGCGAAAACCCGUACAGUCAAUAAAGGGGAAUCUGAAACAGACUCAGAACCUGGAGAUGAAGAGGAAGUUGGACCUGUGGGUGUUGGCGUCACUGCUCGGAGAAUCAUCGACUUCGAUUCUGAUCUGUCCUCAGACCUGUCUGUUUCUGUUGCCUCUGAGUCCCCUACUCCUCCACCUAAAUCGCCCUCCAAAUCCUGUAUAAGCAAUUUGGCACCUGAAAAAAGUUUGUCCAGAAUGGUUGUUCUAUCUGAAGCUCGAAAGGCUGGGAAAUCAGGUCACAGUGUAACUUUUGGAAAAGGAUCUAUAUGUGUCUAUGACCAAGAUGAACCAGUUGAUUCAGAAGUGGCUGUACAAGAUGAGAGCAGUAAUGAUACUGUGGACCAGGAGCCUUGCAGAGAUGAGAGUCCUGUGAUGGAUGACGACUCUCAAGAAAGUGAGAACCAGGAUUCUUCCAAAUUAGCACCAAGUGAUAUUUCCACAUUCAGGCCUUUGCGUCUGGAGACUUCUGGGAUUGGAAGUAUGACAGCAUCAGAUAUUCAAGAAGAUUUAUCAUGUACAGAAGACAGUGAAGUGUUUUUGAGUGCUGAUAGCUCAGCUCAAGGAACCAUGUACUCGCCUACAUUCCGCCACAGCCUUGCAAGACCAUCAGUAAGAGAAAUAACUCAGCGCGUGACUGGUACCAAAAGAACACAACAUGAUGAUAGUGAUAGCGAUGAUGCUAAUAGCCAGAAGAACAAUUCUGAUAGGGUGCAGCAAGUCCGCAAAUCAGCCAGGCUUGAAGAUAAAUCUCAUUCUGCAAGUCUCUCUGCCAAAUCGUUGGGCGAUGUGCGGCUAGUACCUGACAAUGUCAAGGACACUAAAUUUCAGACUACUGAAUCUUGUUCUGAGAGUUCUUCUAAACAACCGGUGGGGGGUGGAGAGCUAAGUGUUGAUGAAACUAGUGUUCAAACCACCACAACUCAUCUCACCAGUGGCAGCCUAACAAGACCUCCAAUUAGAAGCUCAGGACCAGGACAUUCCAGUGUGGGUGCCUUCAAUGCAAUUGCUAAUGACAGUACAGAAACCACUGAUGUCUUAGAAUUGUACUCCGCCCAAUCUAUCUCUUAUGAAGUGAGUGUCCAAAGUCAAGAAAAUGUGGCUGCUCAUCUAACAGAGGAUGCCAAACAGGAAAUAAGAAGCUCUUCUCCUGAAAAAGCACAGCCAGCUUCUGAAGAAAAAGAAGAAAAUACUGUUCUAGUUGACACAACUCUUGAAUCUAACAGCUCAGUCGAAAUUGUUAGUAUUGAUGAUGAAAGCGAUGAUAUUACUGAAAAUGCAGGGGAAAGUAAUGUAGGUAAGGAGUCUGAAAGUUCGCACUCCUCUCAGGAAGAUGAGAAUUCUGACUGUGGAGAACUCAUUAGUGAGAACAGCAAUGAGUAUUUCAGGUCCAGCCACAUUGACUAUGAUGAAGAAUCAAGCUUGGACAGUGGUGCAGAUUCGUCUCAAAGCAAACAAGAUGUGGAAAAUCUAGUUUCAGACGAUUCUGAAUCUGAAACUUCCAGGGCAGUAACUGAAGUUUCUGAAGCUCAAAUUUCUACUGAGGGGAUGGAUCUCAACACGGCAGGUAACAUUGAGCCUGAGGUGUCAGAAGAAAGUGCUGGGCUUAAUGAUGCCUGUGCCAUGGAGUCAGAGGACAUUAGUACCAGUGUACAUGAACUUGAGGAAGAUACCCCUCACCACGAGAGUAUCACCAUGGCUGGAGCUCUUGUACAUGUGGAGCCUGAAACGCGCACUGAUGAAACAUUUGUGCAUCUUGAAAAAUCAACUGUUUAUGAUCAUCAACUUACUCAUGUUGAAGUUGCUUGUAGAGAUACCGUUGAUUUGGAUCAUGAUGAUAUGCCUAAGCUUAGACUGGAACCUGCAGCUUCUACCGAGAAUUUGAGUGAAAUGCCCCAUAACUCUUCUGAUACUGUGGCAUUGCUUGUGCCUCCCUCAGUUAGCAGCCCUCUUGAAGUUAUGCAAGUUGUACACGUGGACCAGGCCACUGCUGUUGUUGCUUCUGAGGAGAGAAAUAUCCAGAAUACCAACUCAUUAAAGUCUUCCAGAGACUACAGUCCUAGUCCACAGAAAGUUUCUGUAAAUGUAGCUGACACACCAUCCUCUGCGAAUCCUGUUGAACCAGCUACACCAAAGUCUGCUAGGAGGAGGGCAACAGCUCGUAGAUUAUCAGUCAGCUCUUCAAAAUCGGAAUCAUUUGAAGAUGAUGUGCCUACCAGGCGAGUAACAAGAUCUCACCAAAAAACAAUUCCAGAAGUGUUUGAGGAGACUGAAGCUAUCACUAAUACAAAGAAGACUAGCAGAGCCUCUGCAAGUUCUCAAGAUGGUUCCAAGAAUGCUGCGAGGAACAGGCGAAGUUCCCUUAGUUCUGUCACAAGUGAGGCAACUGAAGAUUUGAAUGUUCCUGAAACUAGGACUUUAAUUCCAGAGGUUUUGGAAGAGACUGAAGCUACCACUAAAACAAAGAAGACUGCAAGAGCCUCUGCUAGUUCUCAAGGUGGUUCCAAGAAUGCUGCGAGGAACAGGCAAAGUUCUGUGAGUUCUGUCUCAAGCGAAGCUACAGAAGAAUUGAAUAUUCCUGAAAUUAAGACUCGUAAAAGGCGGAAUUCAACCUCAUCGCAGGCCUCUGUUGCUGAGAGUGCCAAUGAUGUUGUAGCUCAGGAUAAACUAGAUAAAAUUUCAGAGGAAGGUUCUGAGGAAGUUUCAAGCUCUGUUGUCAAGGAGAGUAAGAACAUAGAGACUACUUCCACUAGCAAACCUGGUUUAAAAACUCCUCGCAGACGUCGAACUUCUGAACAGAGUAGUUCUGCAUUGGAAGACCAAGUGAAGCCUUCUGAGGGGCAUUCAGAAUCUGGAAGUUCAAAUGCAAUGGAAACCUACGAAACUAGCAGAAGGCUUACUAGACAUCAGCGUGCUUUGUUAGCCAAAAGCAUUGAGAUGAACUCUGCAGUGAGUCAUGCUUCUUUAAACAGGCCAAGUCAGGUGGCAGAAGUUGGGAAUCGAGCAGUACCAUCAGAUGAUGAGGACGACAAGAUGUCAGUAUGCAGUGUUAGGUCAUCUCAACGCUUGCGUGCAAAGUCUCAGCAACAAGAAUUGCUUGACUCACCUAGCUCCACUGCUUCAACUGUUAUAAAUCCUGCUCUAACUCCCACCGUGCAAAGGCGCAGACGCCAGUCAAUGAGCAGUGACUUUUCAGAAAUAAAUCGAGAUGCUUCACCUGUGAGCUCUGUUAGGAGGCGAAAAUCAAUUCAACCUGGUACACCUACUAGCCUCUCUGGAACCCCUACCCGCAGAUCAUCUCGUAUCUGUGCGUUGCAAGGUGUUUCACAGCAGAGUGAAGAUGGAGACAACCAUUCUGUUGCUUCCAUGAGUCCAUCAUCAAUAGCAUCUGGAAGGAAAAGUUCUACCAAAAGGUCAGGCCGGCGUCUGAGCAUCUCAUCAGAAGCUCCCAGUGAACAGUACGCUUUUGCGCCCCCCCAAGUGGAGCAUGCAAAUGUGGCAGAGAAUCCUGAUGUUGAAAUGAGUGAGGAUUUUGUUUUCUCACCUCCUAAAACUGUUGCUACUCCAAGCAAAUCUAGAUCUUCAAGCAGCGACUUAAGUAGUUCUGCUUCAAAGAAAAGUACUCGCCAAUCUAAAACAGCUGCUUUACAAACUAUCAAAGAAGAGUCAUCAGUCAGCAGAGUCAGUGAGGAGGAUACUGUGUCUGCCAGUCCAGUGAGGAGAUCAGGCCGGCCAAGCUGGAACUUCGUGGAACCUACAAAGGAAGGUGAUGAUCUAGUUCCAGAAAAACCUGAGCCUCAAACGAAGACCAAAAAAGCUACGCGGGGUUACCACACUACAUACCCACUGAAAAAAAUCUCUCUUGCGCCAAUUCCUCAAAUUACUGAAAGUGAAGACAGUAACUCAAGUACAGAAGCGGCCCAGCAGGUGGUUAAAACCACUAGAACCACCCGUCAGUCAGCAUCUAGCAGAAAACAAAAGAAGUAACUUUAAUUUGUUUGUAAAGGUUUAGUUUGUAAGUAGUUUAUCAAAACUGGACUCAAAGUUGUAAAUUGAUUGUGACAGAUAAAAUAGGCUGUGAAACUUGUUGCUAGCUCCUAUGCAUUAUAACUUGCUUUUGACAUUAUUUCAUACAUCAUGACUGUGAAACUAAAUCAGGUUUGUUUUUUUCUUUCUUUCAAAGCUCAGUAUGAAAGUAACAUUUUUGAUAACUGAAUUUGCUGAAGAACAAGAUUGAUCAUAUUUUGUGGAAUGAAAUUCCAGAUAAGUACAUUGAAUAAAGUUUUGAAAAAUGUGACUCACUUUAAUGAAUUUUUGUAGAUGCUUUUUUUUGUGUCAGUCAGUGGAAGCUAAUAUCACAUCCUUUGUAUACUGUGUUUUAACCUGUUGACAAUAAUUAGAACACUUAUUUUUUUCUGUGCUGAACUGCAAUUGGCAUUUAUCUUGGUUUAUCCCAUCCUUAAUUUUGCUCAUUUUCUCUUAAUUUCUAUACUUCAACUUGGGACUCAAAUGUCAGAUAUACGAUCCUGAGAUCCAAAUAAAUUUAUUAAUAGGUUUUGGUUAUUUCCCUUUUGCUUGAGUGCCACUGAUUUUUAUAUUUAUUAUCUGUUAUAAAGAAAUGCCCCAGUGUCAGUUAAUGAGUUUUCUCUUCUUUGUACCCUUUGUCUAUUUUAUUAAUUUUUGUUUUGUCUUUUUGGGUGAGAACUAUUGCAUGCGUUUUGGCGUUGUACAUAGUUGUAUAUAUAUUGAAAUGGUGGGUUUUCUACAUGUACUGUAUAAGAGAAACUUAUGAUGAUUCUGUAGUCAGCAGCGGGAUUUGUAAUAAAUGAUGAAUGAAA